AUGGACGCGAACGAGCUCCAGCACUUUGAGAUGCUCUGCACCGCGCUGUACCAGUCGGCCGACGAGCGCGAGCGGUCGAUGGCGCAGCAGAGCGUCCUGGUGCUGCAGAGCUCGGCGGAGCAUAUCCCGCGCUGCCAGCACAUCCUCGACAACUCGACCAACAUGCUCGCGCUCCUCGUCGCGAGCACGAGCCUGACCAAGCUCAUCACGACCCACUGGAACAACUUUACGCCGUCGCAGCGCAUCGACAUCCGCAACUACGUGCUCGGGUACCUGGCGCAGAAGGGCCCGAGCCUCGAAAAGUACGUGACGGUCUCGCUCAUCCAGCUCGUGUGCCGCCUCACCAAGUUUGGCUGGUUUGACGACGAGCAGUUCCGCGAGCUCAACCUCGAGGUCUCCAAGUUUCUCCAGGCGACGGUCGACCACUGCAUCAUUGGCCUCCAGAUUCUCAACGAGCUUGUGACCGAGAUGAACCAACCCGUGACUGGCCGCAAUCUUACCUUCCAUCGCAAGAUCGCCGUGGCCUUUCGCGAUGCGUCGCUCUUCCACAUCUUCCAAGUCGCGCUCACGACCGUCAAGACGCUGCACAUGAAGAGCAUUCCCGGCGCGACGCCCGACCAGGAGAACCGCAUGGCCGACUAUGCGCUCGGCCUCGCGAUCAAGUGCCUGUCCUUUGACUUUAUCGGCAUCAACCCCGACGAGUCGGCCGAAGAUGCGGGCGCGCUCCAAGUCCCGACGACAUGGCGCGCGAUCAUCCAAGAGCCUGAGACCAUGUCGCUGCUCUUUGACUUUUACCACACGACGUCGACGGCGGCGUCGCCCAACGCGGCCCGCUGCUUGGAGACGCUCAUGCUCCUUGCGUCCGUGCGUCGGUCGCUCUUCUCGCCGGACCAGGAGCGCGCGGCCUUUCUCUCGCGCCUCCUCACGGGCAUUUGCCGCAUCAUUUCGAUGCAGCAGGGGCUCUCGGACCCGGCCAACUACCACGAGUUUUGCCGUCUCUUGAGCCGCCUCAAGUCGAACUACCAGCUCUCGGAGCUCAUGAAGGCCGAGUCGUUCCAAGAGUGGAUGGAGCUCACGCCCGAGUUUACGGUCAAGUCGUUUACGCAGUGGCAGUGGUCGGCCAACUCGGUGCACUACCUUCUCGGUCUCUGGUCGCGCCUCGUCGCGGCGCUCCCGUACGUGCGCACGGAGCGCAACGGCGCGGCGUCGAUUGCGUUUCUCGACAAUUCGAUUCCGCGCAUUGUGCAGUCGUACGUGCAGUCGCGACUGGACUCGGCGCUGGCCGUCGCCGCCGAUGACGCGGUCGACGACCCGCUCGGCGACGAGGGUAGCUUAGCCGAGCAGUUUGAUAAAUUACCAACGAUUUGCCACUACAACUACCGUGUCGUCGGCGAGUACCUCCUCACCGUCUUCGACACGACGCUCACCCAGUACCGCGAAGCCGCCGCGCUCGCCAUGGACGCGCGCAUGGACGACGACGACGACUCGCUCGCGCGCGGCAUGCACGGCCUCGAGAUGCAGCUCGCGUGGCUCGUCUACAUUGUCGGCUCGAUCAUCGGCGGCCACUCGUACGCGUCGCCCCAAGCCGCCGACGGCGACGAAGUCGUCGACGCCGACCUCAGCAACCGCGUCUUUGCCACCAUGAAGAUUGUCGAGCACCGCUUGAUCUCGUCCGGCGGCCGCACCAAGUGCCACGUCCACCUCGAGCUCGCGUUCUUGCACUACUUCAGCUUUUUCCGCCGGAGCUACAUUGGCGAGCAGCACGGCAUGCCGUCGGCGCCGACGCCGACCCUCGCCGCGUCGCCCGUGGCCUCGCCGCUCUCGAACCCGCUCCUCGGCAUGUCGCCGUCGGACUCGAGCAUGUCGCUCAAGACCAAGACGUACCAGCGCAUGUUCGAGCGCAUGGGCUACGGCGACCACACGGUCGUUGUCAAUAUGAUUGUGACGCACAUUGGCCAAGACCUCAAGUUUUGGGGCGACGAAGAGAAGGUCAUCAGCAGCACGCUGACGCUCUUUCUGGACAUUGCGUCGGGCUACUCGUCCGGGAAGCUCCUCCUCGGGCUCGACACGGUGCAGUACCUCAUUGGCCACCACACGGCCGACGAGUUUCCGUUUCUCGCAAUCCCGAGCAACACGCGCCACCGCACAAGCUUUCACUCGACGAUCUCGCGGCUCCUCUUCACGACCGCGUUUGACGAGAGCUCGGACCGGUUUGAGGACUUUGUCAAGCCCAUGGAAGACGUGCUCAACACGCUCAUGCACGUGCAGAACUACCGCCAGCCGGACGUGCGCGAGGCGAUCAUUGGCGUCUGCCGCGACCUCCGCGGCGUCUUCAUUUCGACGCACAACAAGCGCACGUACAACUGCAUGUUUGAUUUGCUCUACCCGACGUACAUGCCCAUCUUUGCGAAAGCGGCCGACGUGUGGUAUGACACGCCGUCGGUCAUGAACGCGCUCCUCAAGUUUCUCCAAGAGCUUGCGUACAACAAGAGCCAGCGCGUCGUCUUUGACCAGAGCUCGCCCAACGGCAUCCUCCUCUUCCGCGAGCUCAGCCAAGUGAUUGUGGCCUACGGGUCGCGCGUGCUCCAGAACAACCGCGCGCUCCGGGACCCGUACGCAGAAAAGUACAAGGGCAUUUCGCUCUGCCUCGGCAUUCUCUUUCGCGCGCUCGGGGGCAAUUAUGUCAACUUUGGCGUCUUCAAACUCUACAACGACGCUGCGUGGGACCGUGCGCUCGAGGUGUCGCUCCAAAUGGCGCUCUCGAUUCCGAUCGACGACCUCAUCAACUACCCCAAGGUCAAGAACGCGUACUUCUUCUUCCUCGAGAUCCUCUUCCGCAACCAGCUGCUCUCGGUGGUCGCGCUGGACGUUAGUGUGUUUUCGCAGCUCGUGCAGUCGCUCCACGAAGGCGUCAACUCGUACGAUUUGACGAUCGCGGCGCAGUGCGCGACGGCCGUGGACCACCUCGCGUCGCUCUUUUAUACGGAGACGAAGAAGAAGAAGGACUCGCAGCUCAAGCACUUGCUCUUGAGUCACUUGCAGGCGUCGCCCAACCUCUGGUCGACGCUACUGUCGUCGCUCUUCAACAUUUUGAUCUACGGCGACGCGUCGUCGCAGUGGGCGCUCUCGCGACCGAUCUUGAGCCUCUCGCUGUGCAGCCCGGACGCGCUGCAGGCGUACGAGCAAAACCUGGCGUCGUCGCAGGCCAACGACGCCAACAAGGUGCUCGUGGAAGAGGCGUUUGCAAAGCUCUACAGCGACAUUCUCCAGUCCCUCGAGGCCUCGAACCGCGACAAGUUUACGCAAAAGCUCGGCCAGUUCCGCAACUCGCUGCGUGGCUUUCUCACGAUCCAGUAG